GCUGCCCUUAUUCGACCCCUUCCGAGAUAUUUAACUCUCUCUACAGCUUUUUUUUGAGGAAUCGAUAUAUUUCCUCUGCAUUCCAUUCUUCCUUCCCCUCCCCUUUUAGAGGCUCAAAGAGAAACUACUCGGAUACAAAGGUCCCAGUCUCGUUGCAACCAAUAAGUGAAUUUGGAGGGGAGGAGUUUAUCGCUGUGGGUUGCUUUGUGGAGCUCCAAGUUCUUAGAGAAAUCGUGCCUGGUAGAUGUAGUCGGUUCUAACCUCCGCCGCAUCUGUCACAACGGGAAAUGCCGCAGACUAUGGAAUAAGUCUGAUUUUGUGGAAGAUCAGUUCGGGUUUUCUGAAGAUCAUGGAUAUUUAAAACAAAUCCGGAGGUUUUUUGUUUUGUUUUGUUUUGGAGAGGAAAGCCGGAUUUUGGCGACUGAGAAAAUGACCCAUAUGUUAAACGCAGCGGCAAAUCGAGUGAAAUGGACCAGAUCUAGGACUGCUAAAAGGGCUGCUUGCCUGAUGGCUGCAGCAUAUGCUCUGAAAACCCUCUAUCCCGUUAUUGGCAAGCGUUUAAAGCAGCCCGACAGCAAGAAGAAGCUAGAGGAAAUUUGCCCGACUGCAGAGAAUCCAGGGAAACUGCAUUGCACUGAGGACUCUUGGAAGAAAGCUCCUGGAGUGAAUGCAGAUUUUUUCAAACAGCUUCUGCAGCUUCGGAAAAUUCUCUUCCCCAAACUUGUGACCACCGAAACAGGUUGGCUCUGUCUCCAUUCCGUGGCUUUAAUCUCAAGAACUUUUCUUUCUAUCUAUGUGGCUGGUCUAGAUGGAAAAAUUGUGAAGAGUAUUGUGGAAAAAAAACCUAGAACUUUCAUCAUUAAAUUAAUCAAAUGGCUUAUGAUUGCAAUUCCCGCAACCUUUGUGAACAGUGCCAUAAGGUAUCUGGAGUGCAAACUUGCUCUGGCUUUCAGAACUCGUUUGGUAGACCAUGCCUAUGAGACCUAUUUCACAAAUCAGACUUACUACAAGGUGAUCAAUAUGGAUGGGAGACUUGCAAACCCUGAUCAAUCUCUUACAGAGGAUAUUAUGAUGUUCUCCCAGUCUGUAGCUCACUUGUAUUCUAAUUUGACCAAACCCAUUUUGGAUGUAAUGCUGACUUCCUAUACUCUCAUCCAGACUGCUACAUCCAAAGGAGCAAGCCCUAUUGGGCCUACAUUACUGGCAGGGCUUGUAGUAUAUGCCACUGCCAAAGUAUUGAAAACAUGCUCUCCCAAAUUUGGCAAAUUGGUGGCUGAAGAAGCUCACAGGAAGGGGUAUUUGCGGUAUGUGCACUCCCGAAUUAUAGCCAACGUGGAAGAAAUUGCCUUUUACAGAGGACAUAAGGUAGAAAUGAGACAACUGCAGAAAAGUUACAAGGCUUUAGCAGAGCAAAUGAAUCUCAUUUUGUCUAAACGUUUAUGGUACAUUAUGAUAGAACAGUUCUUGAUGAAGUAUGUCUGGAGCAGCAGUGGACUGAUCAUGGUAGCUGUACCUAUCAUCACUGCAACUGGCUUUGCGGAUGGCGAUUUAGAGAAUGACCAGAAACAAGCUAUGGUUAGUGAACGUACAGAAACCUUUACCACUGCACGAAAUUUAUUAGCAUCUGGAGCAGAUGCCAUUGAAAGGAUCAUGUCUUCAUACAAAGAGAUCACUGAAUUAGCAGGUUAUACUGCUCGAGUUUACAAUAUGUUUUGGGUCUUUGAUGAAGUAAACAAAGGAAUUUACAAGAGAACUGCUAUUCAAGAAACUGAAAAUCCAACCAGGAUUGGAAAUAAAAUAGAAUUAUCUCUCAGGGACACCUUAGAAAUAAAAGGAAAAGUUAUUGAUGUUGAUCAUGGAAUUAUUUGUGAAAAUGUUCCUAUUAUAACACCAGCUGGAGAAGUGGUGGUUUCCAGGCUAAACUUCAAAGUACAAGAAGGAAUGCAUCUUCUGAUAACUGGUCCUAAUGGUUGUGGGAAAAGUUCUCUCUUCAGGAUUUUAAGUGGCCUAUGGCCUGUGUAUGAAGGAGUCCUCUAUAAACCCCCACCUCAGAAUAUGUUCUAUAUUCCACAAAGGCCCUACAUGUCUCUUGGAACUCUUCGGGAUCAAGUUAUUUACCCUGACUCUGUGGAUGAUAUGCAUGAGAAAGGAUAUAAUGACCAAGAUCUGGAAUACAUUCUCCACAAUGUCCACCUGUAUCACAUUGUUCAGAGAGAAGGAGGGUGGGAUGCUGUCAUGGAUUGGAAGGAUGUCCUCUCAGGAGGAGAGAAGCAGAGAAUGGGCAUGGCUCGAAUGUUCUAUCAUAAACCAAAAUAUGCACUGCUGGAUGAAUGUACUAGUGCAGUCAGCAUUGAUGUUGAAGGGAAGAUAUUUCAGGCUGCAAAAAGUGCUGGAAUAUCCUUGUUGUCAAUUACACACAGGCCUUCUCUUUGGAAAUACCAUACUCAUUUAUUACAGUUUGAUGGAGAAGGAGGUUGGCGCUUUGAACAAUUGGAUACAGCUAUUCGUUUGUCACUGAGUGAAGAAAAACAAAAACUGGAAUCCCAACUAGCUGGUAUUCCCAAGAUGCAGCAGAGACUCAAUGAACUAUGUGAAAUUUUGGGAGAAGAUUCAGUGCUGAAAACUAUCAGAAAAGAAGAUGAAACAUCUUAAUUUGUUCUGACGUGGGUUUUUUGUUGUUUGUCUUUUUGUUUGGUUUUGGUGAGGCAAUUGGGGUUAAGUGACUUGCCUAGAGUCACACAGCUAGUAAGUGUUAAGUGUCAGAGGCCGGAUUUGAGUCCUCCUGACUCCAGGGCCAGUGCUCUAUCCACUGUGCCACCUAGCUGCCCCUAUUCUGAUGUGUUUUAAAAAUUUUUGUCAUUGCUGUUGAAGACUUUAAUGAGUUCUAAGACACUAUUGCAAUGCGUGCAAUGUGCUAACUUAAACACAGAGGGAAAAAUCAGCCAGCCAAAAAUGAUUUAUGAGAUUUCAGCAUGGAGACAGAAUAUAUUUUGAACUUUGAGAAGAAAAUAAACAACUGCAUUGGGAAAAGAGUAAUCACUAUGGCGUAUUCUAAUUCCAAAUGAAAGUCCAGUUCAUCAGCAAAAGGAGACUUUAUCAAUCUGAAUGAAUAUAGGCAAGAUAUCAGACUCUUCAGUCUACUUAAUGUGCCUACUAUAUUAAAUGAAAUUUAUUGCAGGUAUGAAACAAUAUAAGGUUUGAAAUUUAUGUACAGAUGCAUAAGACAAAAUGUUUAUAUAGGAUUCCAGUACAUUUAUACUUAAGUUUUAUGUUAUUCAUUAUUCCUAGUGGCUGCUGAAUUUCAACAAAAAGAAAGCAGUUUAUUAAUGAGUGGUUGAAAACUUCCACUGGAAAACCCAAAACAUUGUGAAAGUAAUGAUAUAUAUGUUUAGUUGUUCAUGUAUAAUUUUAGACUUUAAACAAUUUGAUGCCGGCAUGUAGCAUCAAUUCAUUUUAGUGAGAAUUUCACAUCUGUUAAGAGCCCCUUAAUUUCAAAUAAUGAAUGGCCAAAACAAAAAAGGACGAUCCCCUAAAAUGUUUGAUUCAACUUAUUAUUUUCUAUGUAGCUACAUGUAACCAUAGUCCAGAAAUGAAAAAUUUAUGAGUCUCUAAUAGAAGAGGCGCCAAAUUAUUUUUUAUGCUAUAACAAAAAAUAGACCUUCCAAAAAUAUUGGAAUGGAAACGAAUAGAACAUCAUCUUUCCCCAAACCUAACUGGUUAGGAAAUGAAAGCAGAUUAGUUGAUGUGUUGACAGGAAAACUGGAUUUAAUCAUUUUUGUGUUAAUACUAUUGUUGGCUAAGUAACAAUGAUAAAAUAAAAAGUGUGGGUGACAUUAGAAUUUAUUCAGUCAGGGACAAGGAAAGAUAGUCCUUAUUCUCACCUCCUGGUUUCCUCCCAAUCUCAGAUAAAAUCCCACCUUCAACAAGAAGCCUGUUCGUACACAGUUCCUUGCAUGUUGUCUUCCAGAGCUUGAAUUCUUUUGUGCCUUUCUUUGUAUCCCCAACACAGCACAGUCAUUGGCAUAUAGUAGGCACAUAAGGAGUACAUAAGAAGUAAUUAUUCCUAUGCAAUUAACUUGAUAUUUUUGUUUUAUUAUACAGAAUAUCUAGGUGACAUGGGUUAAAAUAAUGAUAGCUAACAUGAUAGUGCACUUUAAAUUUUACAAAGCACAUUACAUAUAUGUCUGCUCUAUAUAGUGAUAUAAGUAAAAGUUUCAAUUAAUUUUACUUUCUAUAGCUCAGUGAUUCCAAACAGAUGAAAAAACAGUAUUUGAGGUUUCUGGUGCUUGUGACACCAUGUUGACUGACCAGAAAAAAAGAACUAGAACAAUCUAAACUUUUAGUGUCCUCAGGUUCUAAUGACUCAUAUAAGCAUUAACACCAUUUUUGCCUUCUUAGUUGUUAAAUUCUAGGUCAAAUUUCAUGAAUGAAAAAGGAAGUUAUUGGAAAAACAAAGAAAUAAAAAGGCUUCAUUUGGACUACUAUUUUUGACUGUUAUGUCUUCAUUACUUUCUGAUUUUAAAAAAUCCAAUAGUUUCUAAACCCUUAGCAUCUAUUGAGUAUUUAGCAUCAGGACUCUCCCAGGGAGAUCUAUGGCAUAGGGAACUCUUAGAUAAGGAAGUUUCCUGUACCAUUGCAAGCCAGAACCUUCUCUGCAACUGAUAGUUUUAGACAGUUGCCUAGAGUACUGAGAGGUUAAGUGAUUUGUCCAAUGCCACACAGCCAAAAUAUUUCAGAUGUGGGGCUUGAACCCAGAUUUUCUUGACUCUAAGGGCCUUGUUGAUUCACUAUGCCAUCCUGUUUCUCAUUUCAUGCACAUUCUAUCCAUAUAAUAAAGUACAACUGCAUUAUUUGUCACAUGUAAGAUUGGAUGAGAUUUGAAUAAUAACAUUUUCAUGGUGCACUUAAAAAUCAUUGUUGCCAAUUGAAAGUCACCCACAUUCACAUGUUCCUUGAGAAACAUUCUUUGUACCUUCUUAUUUUCAGUUGUUUCCUAACAGUGGGAAUGGCUUAUUAAAAUUUUUACUUUCUAAUAACAUUCAAGCUGUUUCCAUAAUGAUCCACUAUGAUGUAUCAUAUUUCUCUCUUCCCAUUAUCAUAUUCAUUGGAAAACGAGAAAAAAAUCAAGAAAUCAAGCAGCUAUCUUUGGAUACAUCAAGGAAUGAAGAGAAGAGAAAACCCACAUGUACAUACUUUAAUACUCAAACUACACCCUGCACACUACCUAAAUGUCUUCAGUAAAGAAAACUUCCAUGAUGAAAUAUAAACUUAGUUUUUAAAAAAUUAUUUAAAAAAUUUUUAUAACUUGGAAAGCAAAUUACAUUCUAUGAAAAGAUUACACUAUUAUUUCUACAAUAUGCCAAGCAUGAUGCCAAAACAAUGUAUCCUCUAUAAAGGCAACAUAUCAAAUCAUUCUGGAUUAUGUCAACUAUAAUAUGUCUUGAAAAUUAAGCAAGGUCACACUUACUUGCAUAUGGAAUGGUUUCUUUUUAUACAAAUUGAAGAUAAAAAUUUUUGAAUCAUUAGUUCUAUGUAAAAUGUCAUGAUUAAUAAUAAGAUUAGCAUGAAAUAAUAAAUGAAAUCUGGUUGUCAUAAUUUCCUGAUCCAUAAACCCAGGAAAAUAAUUUGUUUCUUGAAUUAGAAACUGACCUUAUAUUAAUAAAAAUUAGUGAGAGAUAAAUUUCACUUAAUGAUGUCAAAAAGAAUAUUGGGGGCAGCUAGAUGGCACAGUGGAUAAAGCACCAGCCCUGGAUUCAGGAGUACCUGAGU